UGAGUCCGACACAUUCCGCAGAGCAAGACACACCACGCUAAAGAACCUGCGAGAGUAAGAGCCGCUGGUUCUGGGCUGCAAACGAUGCUUACUUUUUUUUCGGAUUCAUUCACAUCGCAAAAUAGUGGAUUUACACGUAUUUGUGGGGGAUAUUGAAUUGACAAGGAUUACAAGGAAUUUAAUUCAAUCAUCACUAAAGGGGACAGGGGGUUAGCCGGUGCCAUUCAACUGAUUUGAUGAUUGCACAUAAAAUAACCUAGAAGCCAUCAGACACCUGCAUUACAGUAAUAUCUAAGUUGAACUCUGACAUCAUGAAGAGAAUCUCCAAACCCCUCCCACUCAGUCUGCUUACCGUUCUGCUGCUGUCCCAGGUUUGCUCCAGCAUCAAAUGGCUGGCUCUAUCGCACACGCCCGCAUCCUUCCACAUCAACCAGACCCAGCACUGCAAGCUGCUGCCGGGCCUGGUUUCCUCACAAGCCCAGCUGUGUCGGAGCAACCUAGAGCUGAUGCAGACCAUCAUUGCUGCAGCCCGUGAGGUCAAGAAGACGUGCCAGAAGACCUUUGCUGACAUGCGCUGGAAUUGUUCCUCUAUUGAUAUUCCCAGAGACUCCACGAGGUACAGACCAGACCUUGACAGAGGCACGAGAGAGUCAGCAUUUGUUUAUGCCCUGUCCGCCGCAGCCAUCAGCCACACAAUCGCACGGGCAUGCACGUCGGGGGACCUGCGGCUGUGUUCCUGCGGCCCCAUCCCAGGAGAGAUACCAGAGCCCGGCUACCGGUGGGGUGGCUGUGCAGACAACUUGCACUAUGGCCUGGUUAUGGGCUCCAAGUUCUCUGACGCCCCCAUGAAGAUGAAGAAGGCAGGCUCUCAUGCCAACAAGCUGAUGCACCUACAUAACAGUGAAGUGGGGAGACAGGCCCUGAGAGAUGCGCUGGUGAUGAAGUGUAAGUGUCACGGUGUGUCUGGUUCCUGCUCCAUAAGGACCUGCUGGAGAGGCCUGCAGGACCUGAAAGACAUCGCCAUGGACCUGAAGACCAAAUACCUGUCAGCCACCAAGGUGGUGCACAGACCUAUGGGCACACGCAAGCAGUUGGUCCCCAAGGACAUUGACAUCAGGCCCGUCAGGGAGAACGAGCUGGUCUACCUACAGAGCUCCCCGGAUUUCUGUGCCAAGAACGAUAAGCUGGGCUCUGUCGGCACCCAGGACAGGCAAUGCAACAAGACGUCCAUUGGCAGCGACAGCUGCGACUUGAUGUGCUGCGGGCGUGGCUACAACCCCUACACAGAGAAACUGGUGGAGCGCUGCCACUGCAAGUACCACUGGUGCUGCUACGUAACAUGUAAGAAGUGUGAGAAGAUCGUGGAGAGAUACGUCUGCAAAUGAGUAGAUGUUGUCUACUUCCUAUGUCCAUCCACCUACCUAACCACCCCACGUCUCUGGGCUGGGGCAGCAGAUAACCAAAGCACUACGUUACCAAAAUGGCUUACUUUUGUCUUAAGCUUUAGCAUGUAUAUUUUGACAAGAAAUGGUUUAUUUUUGUUCAUUAUUUUUAAUUAAACUCUGACCCACAAGCUGGACUUAAACGUUUUCAAUUUUACGAACGUGAAACACAUGGGUGUUGUGACAAUGCCUAUCAGUUCACGUGAAGACCGCCGUCCUUGAGGGUUGUUCUUUUCUUUAAUAAAUGUGCAUUACACGGCAAACUGGGACACCAAAGGUCUAUUUUCGUAUACUUUUAUUAAAGAAAUGAUAUUGGAUGUUUUUUUUAGAAGGACUGUAGUGUCCUUCUUUACAGUUGGAGUAGACUUCUGACCUCACACUGAUGACGACAUUCACCAUUAACUUCUGAACCAUUCCACGGAAUUCAAAUGGUUCUGAAGGAUCCAUGUUUUUUCUCAGAUGGUACUCCUUUUUUUCAACUGAGAAAGAAACCCAGGUGGUGAAACACAAAGGGAACUUCAAGUACUUUCAGUCGUGGACAAUGUUUUGUAACUAGUGUUGACCGGGACACUUCAGCACUGGAGCUCAAACGGGGAUUCGCCUCCAGACAUACAGUUCUGUGUGCAUCCUCAGAAAAAGGACAACUAACUCCCAGUGUAAGACAGCAGCACAUUAUCCCUAUAAAGUCUGACAUGCAGGUAGUCCAAGUGGAAUGCUCAAAACAUGUCAACGGAAGACAUGGAUCUAUUAUAAUGGCAUGUUAUUGUAACCCACUCUUGUGUGGCUGUACAUACUGUCUUUUUGUAUGCUGAAUUAAAGAAAGAAAUAUUUAUAAACUAAUUAAAGAAUCUUUACCAAGCUCUGUAAAUGGAAAUGUUUUCCUUUCCAAAAAACCACAACGGAUUAUCUCUCCA